GGCGCCAGUUAAAUCGCUCGCGCGCUGGAGGUAUGGAGCAUUCCGUCAAAUACGCGCCCUAGCAAUAUAGGUAUUAGGUAGGUAGGUGAACCGUGGAAGUCGCGCGGUUUUUUCGCGUUCGUCAAAAAUCGUGUCCGGUACCCCCCCGGGGAACCGCGGCCUAUAGUCAUCGGUGGGGACGGGCGCGGGGGAACCCGCCAUGUUGAUGUCGGCGUAAGCGCCAAAACCGUAAAAUAACGCUAACGGUGUAUUGGCGGCUUACGCACACACACACACACACACACAUAUGUACGUUACGUACACGUUUAAGCGCGCGCGUACACACACACACGCUCAGGUCUGCACUCACACACACACGUUCACAAGCGCGCCAACACGCGCGCACACACACACAAGCGGCGCACACCACGUACAUGUCGCGGCCGCCGUCCAGUUACUGGUCGCGGCGGUUAUUAAUAAAAUAACAAAACAAAUAAUAGUAAUAAUAAUAGUAUAAAACACUGUAACAUUAUUGUUAUAAUAUAAUAUUAAAAUAUUUUAUAAUAUUAUAUUAAUAUUUAUUAACGGACACACAUGGGUGUAAGCGUUCCGUGGGCUCGUGUGUUGUUCGUGUUAAACGCCGUCGUCGCGCUGUUCCAGUGUUCUCUGAUCAGUUUUCGCGCCCAAGUUCGGUGCGCGCCCGUUCACGUCGCAUCAAUGCUCUGACUCGCCGCCACCUUCGCCGCAGCCGCCGCAUCAGCAACGCCGCCGACGCGCCGCUACAUUUGCCCCAUCAAACAGUGGGUUCAAUAUGCAGCAGGUGCCAGUUUCAACUCAAAAUAGUGGUGCGCCGGCAGAUACUUCAAAUGCAAAGCCUGAUGGUGGAGAGGUUGCACCACCACGGAAUGAGCCAUAUAUUGAGCCGGUGAAUGGUAUUGUUCAACCACCAGUUGUACCUCCACCAAAUCGACCUGGCCGACUCACCAAUAAACUUAAUUUCCUUCAAAAGACUGUAAUGAAGGCUCUUUGGAAACAUCAACAUGCAUGGCCUUUCUAUCAGCCGGUGGAUGCCAGCAAACUUAAUUUACCUGACUACCAUAAAGUAAUCAAAACACCAAUGGAUUUGGGUACUGUAAAAAAGCGUUUAGAAAAUAAUUACUAUUGGUGUGCUGAUGAAUGUAUACAAGAUAUUAAUGCAAUGUUUUCCAAUUGUUAUACAUACAAUAAACCUGGGGAAGAUGUAGUUCUCAUGGCUCAAACAUUGGAAAAAAUAUUUCUUGCCAAGAUGGGACAGAUGGUAAAAGAAGAGACUGUUUUGCCCCAACAUAAACCGGCUGUGAAAAAUCAUUCAAUUAUUCAGAAACCUCCCAGUCAGAACCAACCAAUUGCUGUAGCUCCUGGUUCAACUGCUAUGGGCACCACUCCUCAUUCCCAACAUAAUUCUCUUCCACCUCAAAUUUUAGCUCCAACAACGAGUGAUUAUGUAGCACAACCAGUUAACAUACCUUUAGGAGCAGCAAAUUCACUAACUGGUGGAAAACUGAAAAAAGGAGUUAAAAGAAAAGCAGAUCCUAGUCCCAUCAAUUCUAUUGACUCCUCCACCAUUUAUCCUGGCCCAAUAGCCACAUCAACAACCCCUGUUCAACCUUUACAAUCAUCUAUUCGUAGAGAAUCUGGUCGACAAAUAAAAAAACCGAGAGUGCCAGAUGAAGGAAUUCUAUACUCUCAAAAUACGACUUUACCUACUGGAGGAUCCGGCUCAAUACCAGACGGAAAAACCAAAGAAAAAUUGACUGAGGCAUUGAAGGGUUGUACUGAAGUGCUUAAAGAAUUGUUUACCAAAAAACAUGCGGCAUAUGCAUGGCCGUUCUACAAGCCUGUUGAUGCUGCUUGGUUGGGCUUGCAUGAUUAUCAUGACAUUAUUAAGAAGCCUAUGGACCUGGGAACAGUAAAGACCAAAUUAGACAACAGAGAAUAUAAAAAUUCAAAAGAUUUUGCAGCAGAUGUUAAUUUAAUAUUUUCUAAUUGUUAUAAGUACAAUCCUAAAGAUCACGAUGUAGUAGCAAUGGCAAAGAAAUUACAAGCUGUAUUUGAAGCUAAAAUGUCAAAAGUACCACCAGACCCACCUUUAAUAGAAAUGAAAAUGGAACCUGAAGAUGAAAGUAGUUCAGAAGGAAGUUCUGGUUCAUUCAGUGAUUCUGACGAUUCUGAAGAUCUAGAAAAUUCAAGGAAAAUUCAAGAAUUCCAAGAAAAAUUAAAUGCUCUACAAGAUCAAAUGAAAAGGUUAGUUGAAGAAAGUGCCAGAAAGAAAAAACAAAAAAAAAAUAGUAUGAAUAAUUCAAAGAAGAAGAAACAUUCUACCAAUGAUAAAUUAGUUUCAUCUGCGUCAAAACCUCCAUUAGCUGUAGCUCUCAAUAGUACACCAAUGAAUAUUAUGGCUAACUCUACCAUUACCAAUGAUAUUAAAAUGUUACCAAUUGAGCCAUCUAUGAAUGCUAAAUCAGCAGCUCAGCAGUUGCGCCAUCCUAUGGCAAAUGCUUCAGCUGGUCUAACAACUAAAGGGACUAAAGGUAAAAGUGCCGGUACCAGAGGUCCUGCUAAAGCACCAGCACAACCAAAGCGUCCUAGAGUUAAUUCUAAAGCAAAUAAUCCGAAAAAGAAGAAUUCUGUUAGUGCCCCAGCAUUUGAUUCUGAAGAUGAAGACAAUGCUAAGCCUAUGUCUUAUGAUGAAAAACGUCAGUUGAGCUUAGAUAUCAACAAGUUACCAGGAGAUAAACUUGGUCGAGUAGUACAUAUUAUCCAGUCACGUGAACCGUCACUUAGAGACUCAAAUCCAGAUGAAAUCGAGAUUGAUUUUGAGACCCUUAAACCAUCAACAUUACGGGAACUUGAGUCUUAUGUGGCUUCAUGUCUGAGGAAAAAACCACGUAAGAUCACCAAUAAAAAAGUUUCUGGUAAACCUAAAGAAGAACUUGGAGAGAAAAAACACGAGAUUGACAAAAGAUUAGAUGUUAGCGGGCAACUUUCUACUACUAAAAAGGGCAAGAAAGAUGCUAAAGCUACGGAAAUUAGUGGUCCAUCUCGAUUAUCUGCAUCUAGUUCUAGUAGCUCAGAUUCUGAUUCAAGUUCAUCGAGUUAUUCAACAUCAUCUAGUGAUUCAAGUGAUUCAGAACAUGGUGGCAACAAGCAAAAAAAGAAGAAACGUUUGUCCGACGACGUGUCGAUAAACAAAUCGGCUGAAGGCCAAAAAUCGACAAAUUCUAUGAAACAAACAGGUCCAAACUCAACAUCUGUCAAUUCGAUCAACAAACCAGUUGUUAACGCUCAACAGAAUGUUCCACCAAAAAAACCACCAGUAGUAACAAAUCCAAUGGCUAUAAAUACUUCCAAAACAAAUACAAUGACUAUAAAUACUUCAAAGGCUAACCCUGCAAUUCACUCUAAACCAACACCAGUUGUAUCUACAGCACCAAAUCUUCCUACAACAAAUGGAAAUAUAUCCAAUGGGGAUUCAAAUACUUCAUCAAUGACUCAAGAUAUAACACCUAAUGGUGUUCUAUUACAACCAACUAAGGUCGAAGUUAAAACUGAGCCUGGACUUCCAGUUAGCAGUACCUCACAGCCCAUAGUCUCACUAGGGACGAUGCCUAAUGAGAAUACAGUACUCUCAUCAAUUGCGUCAGUGUUUGAUCCUCUUACACCUCCUAGCAGUCAACCUACCAAUAAUAAUUCAUUACGUGUUCCUGACAAACAGGCUGCACAUAUAGUGGUGCCCACAUCCAACAUGCACAACUCUCUUAAUAAUGACGGACUUUCAGUUCAGCAUGUCGAUAUAGCACCAGUCAUGAAUUCUGUAGCUGCUGUUCAUCAUUCAGCUACACCACCAUUAAUGGUCCAACCCCAAAUAGAUAAUAAACCUCGCCCAUCACCAAUUACUCCAGUUAUUCAAAAUACAAAUCAGGUAUUUCCACAGUUCAAUUUAGAUUCCUCCCCUCAGGUUCCAGCGUCAUUUAUGGGACCAUUACGUCACCACCACCACCAUCUACAUUCUUUCCCUGUCCCAUGGGAUCCUAAUAUUGGGCCUUCUUAUGACACAGCAGAUCUAUCUGAUCAAAGAGUUGUUAAUGCUGCUACUAGUGUUUGGAGUUCAUUAGCCCAACAAGCUGCAUCAGACGCUAAUAAUCAAGUACCUGGAGCUUCAAUAAAACCAUCUACAGCCGAUUCUUUUCAGCAGUUUAAAAAACAAGACAAAAGAAAAUGCUAAAAAGCAACGUGCAUUAAUUGAACAACAAGAAAUGAGGCGUCAUCAAAAAGAACAAGCAGAAAAAGAACGCAUUCGUAUUGAAAAUGAAAAAAGAAGAGAAAAGGAAGAAGAAGAAGCUCUUGAAAAAGCUAG